AUGUCAAUCCCAUUUUGGAAACCGAGACCUGCUCCACCGGAGAUUUUCAAAGAUCAAUUGUUACCUUACAAGAACGCUAAUCUACUUUCGAAGUUUUUCGUUCACUGGAUUGCACCAGUUACGAAAGUUGCUUGGUCAAGGGAUAUAACAAUUGAUGAUUUAUACGACCUUACUUCAGAUCUUCAAAGUGGUCUACUGGGAGAUAAGUUAGAAGCGAAUUUCAUGAAACGUAUUCCACCUUCACGCCGUCCAGCUAAAUAUCGAGAUCACCUUCAGAGCGACUCGAAGGAACAAGAAAACGCUACAGAGGCCUCAAUGACUCAGGAAAUCGGACUCAGCUGGAUUAGUCGUCUGUUCAAUAAGUGGACUGUGCGUAAAUCCAACAAAGGACACACUAUCAUUGAGGGCGAUAAGAUAUAUGAUCAAAGUCUGUUCAAAGCUAUGUACCUCACAACCUGGGGUCAAUGGUGGUGGAUGAUUGUCAUCAAGUCAACAGCUAUCGUUAUGAGGGCUUGUACUCGGCUCGUAAUGAAAAUCCUGCUCACUGAAAUUACUCGUGCGCAUAAUUGGCACGCAGUCGCACAAUCUGGUCAAUCAACUCAAGGUCUUAUACCACCUAAAUCUGUAGGAUACAUGUUUGGUGUCGGGAUCGGAAUGGUCAUCACGAUCAUGGCAACAUCCAAUCUCAUGUAUUACAAUUACUGGAGAGCCAGAUUGAUGGGGAAAUUUAUCCAUUCAGCUAUUACAGCUAUGAUUUCCAGAAAAGCUAUGCGCCUUUCAGGAAAAGCAAGAGUCGAAAUGACAAACGGUAGAAUUACAACGAUGCUCUCAGUCGAUAGUUCUUUUAUCGACGUCGCUACUCAGCAGUCUUCAGAGUUGAUUACUUUCCCAUUACCUGUCAUCUUGUAUAUGGGAAUACUUAUUUGGCAACUAGGUUAUUGUGCACUUGUCGGUUUUGCCGUUCUUCUUUUCACAGGACCUCUAAAAUAUUGGAUGUUCAAGCAUAUAUCUAAACUACGAAAAUCCCAAAACGAAGUCAUCGACAUCAGGGUUAAGUUCCUAUCAGAGAUAUUGAACAAUAUUCGUGCAGUGAAACUGUACGCAUAUGAGUCAUUAUUCAGUGAAAAGAUUAAUGGAAUGAGGAAAAAUGAAUUGGGUAAAUUUCAACAGAAUAAUCUGAGUAAUUCAACUAUGACAGCUACAAUGGCUUUUUUACCUACUCUAGCUGCUAUCCUAACGUUCAUCACAUAUGCGCUCACCGGUCAUGAGUUAGAUGUCGCUACGGUUUUUUCAAGUUUGACAUAUUUUGGGGCUCUCAGAACACCACUUGCUGAUUUACCUCAAGUGGUGACAAACCUCAGUCAAGCUUCGGUCGGCAUACGUCGCAUAGGAGAUCUACUUAGAGCUGAAGAAUUGAAAAGUGAUAUCAAAAUCGAUCGAAAUUCGGAAUAUGCGAUCGAUGUGACAGGCGAUUUUCGAUUCGAUGGUACUCCCGCCACAAGCCCGAAAGACGAUAAAUCCAUUCCAAAGGAUCAAGCGGCAAAGUCCAGGAUUGAAAAGCUGAAAAUAAUUCUCCCCAGAUUGGGGAUGAAGGCCAAGUCUACGGGUAUCAUGUCGGAACUAAAAGCGCCAGGAGAAGAUCAAAAUGAAAAUGAAAAACCUUUCGCACUUACUGGACUCGAUUUGCAGAUACCUAGAGGCUCCUUGACCUGUAUAGUAGGUAGGGUAGGUGUUGGUAAAACAGCCUUGUUAUCGGGUCUGAUCAAUGAGAUGAAACAAGUUCAUGGACAUGUGAUUUUCAGAGGAUCAGUGAGCUACGUCCCUCAGCAAGCUUGGGUUCAAUCGGGAUCCAUACGGGACAACAUCACCUUCUCUGAGAGCUCGGAGGAAGUGAACAUAGAAAAAGUGAACAGUAUCAUCGAUGCUUGCGGGUUAAAGCAGGAUAUCGAUAUGUGGCCUGCUGGAGAUUUAACCAAAAUUGGUGAAAGGGGCGUAACGUUGUCUGGUGGUCAAAGACAAAGAAUCUGCAUUGCUCGAGCCGCAUAUGAACAGAGUGACGUGGUCCUUCUGGAUGAUCCUCUUUCCGCUGUUGAUGCAUACGUAGGCCACCAUCUAUUGGAGCAAUGUAUAUUUAAUGGACCGAUGAGUAAUAGAUCAAGAGUACUGGUCACACAUCAUUUGGAUGUACUCCCAAAAGCAGAUUUGAUAUUGGUGAUGGAUCGAGAUGAUGCAUCGAACGGUCGUAUUAUCCAAAAAGGGACGUAUGAGGAAUUAAUGGAACAAGAAGGAACAUUCAAGAAUUUGAUCGAUCAAUAUGGUGGCCUAGAUCCUUCUGCCAACUCGGACAAGAGACAAGAAAGUGAUGUAUCUGACGAGAAACUCACAAUGUCAGACAAACAGCCUGCAUCAAGCGAGAACGACAAUAAACUAAUUAUGGACGAAGAAAAAGCUGAAGGGGCUGUUUCAGCAAAUGUUUACUUCGAUUACAUCAAAUCGAUCAAUUCGUUUUUCGUCGUCUCGGCUUGUAUUGCGAUGUUAGUCUCCUCACAAGCUGCUUCCAUCUUGAAUACCUUGUUUUUGGGAUUUUGGUCUGAAAAUCAGUUUACCAACCUAUCUCAGGGUGCUUAUAUGGGAAUAUAUGGAGGUCUUGGAGUGGCAAUGGCUUUAUUCAAUUGGGGAGCGAUCUUCACGAUGUUCCUGGGAGGUAUCAGAGCUUCAUUCCAUAUGUUUGAUCAAGCAUGGUAUAAGGUCAUGCGUAGUCCAACAUCAUGGCAUGAUCGUACACCCACUGGUCGAAUCGUAAAUCGUCUGUCCAAAGAUAUCGAGAUUCUCGAUGACAGCAUCGCUAAAAUCUGGUAUGAAGUCCUCAGUGGCGCCCUGACCAUCAUAGGCUCCCUCGCACUGGUCUUAUAUACUUAUCCAUGGGUUGGGCUGGUCUUUAUACCAGUCUUCACAUACAAUUAUUUCACGGUGAUAUUUUACAGACAAACGACCAGAGAAUUAAACAGACUUACAUCGUUAUUGAGGAGCCAUAUAUACACCAACUUUGGUGAACAAUUGGCAGGAUUACCGAUUAUUAGGGCAUUUAAACAACAGGACAGGUUUCAAAGGAGGUUCGAGCAAUCAAUUGACACUCAUCUCUCAGCCGUCAUGAUGGGUUCUUUCUCACAAGGAUUCUGGCUUGGCUUGAGAAUAACAUAUGUCAGCCAAAGCUUGAUAUUUGCCGUAGUGGUCUUUGGUAUCAUCUUCAGAAAUUCAAUAUCAGCAGCCAAGUUUGGAGUUGUCCUAAACUACAUCAUUCAGUUGAUGUCGGUGAUAAGUGGACUAGUUGGCGAUAUCACUAACGCGGAACAGAUGAUGAAUACAGUAGAAAGAGUCCAUUAUUACACUAAAUUGGAGACUGAAGCUUGUUCUCAAUUAUCGUCGGAUCCUAAAUCAGAUCAGGUAUGGCCUAGUUCCGGUAAAAUAUCUUUCAAAGAUGUAGAAAUGAGAUAUCGACCUGAAUUACCCCUCGUGUUGAAAGGUAUUACGUUUGACAUCAAUCCAGGUGAAAAAGUUGGAAUUAUAGGUCGGACAGGUGCUGGUAAAUCUAGUAUUGCUCAAGCGUUAUUCAGAAUUGUUGAGAUAUGUAAUGGGUCUAUUGAGAUUGACGGAUUGAAUCUCAAGACACUAGGAGUUGAUACCUUGCGACAUAGACUAUCAGUCAUUCCUCAAGACUCUUUCUUAUUUGGCGGAACUGUACGAGAUAAUAUCGAUCCAGCAGGUUCAAAGUCCGACAUCCAGUUGAACGAUGCUCUGAACCUGAUCCAUCAUGAUUCACACGCUACUUCCUCCUUGAGGGAAAAGUUCAGAUUGGAUAAGAUCGUAGCUAGCGAAGGAUCUAAUUUCAGUGCCGGUGAAAAACAAUUACUGGCCCUCGUAAGGGCUUUGGUCAAAGGUUCUAAAGUCCUCCUUCUGGAUGAAGCUACCUCAUCAGUAGAUCCUGAAACGGAUGCUUUGAUCCAAAGGAUCAUCCAAACUGAGUUUUCCGACGUCACAUUAAUCUCUAUUGCUCAUCGAUUACAGACUGUGGCGUAUUAUGAAAAGAUCAUAGUAAUGGAUGAAGGUAAAGUAGUAGAGUUUGAUACCCCAAUCAACCUGUUCGAAGAUACGUCUUCCAUAUUUAGGAAUUUGUGUGAUACGAAAAAUCUGACGAAAGGAGAACUGUUGAAGAUUCGGGAAGACGCAUCUAGAGCAAAACGCAGAGAUGAUGAUUGA